CGGCCAACCUCACUUGGACUGCCAAUGUGCUGUUCUCCAGAUUACAGCCUCGUCGCUCCCAAGAACCUCCUGCGGCCAUGUUGAUAUAGACAAAAAGGACGCCGAAACACCACAGCCCAUGGACCCUUGAGCCGGAACACGAACCAGAUUUACACAAACACCUUUUUGUUUCUCGCCGCCUCAUGCUAUCAUGAUGGAAAAUCUAGCUAUUUCUGACGCCCCUCCUCCUGGGGCUCCGGCCUCUCAACCUUUUGCCCAGCUACCGCCGCAGAUGUUUACGACUGCUGCGCAGCUGUUGGAUCUCACCGAUAAAAAACUCAUGGUGGUUCUGCGUGAUGGGAGAAAGCUGAUUGGAGUAUUACGAAGCUGGGACCAGUUCGCCAACAUUGUUCUCCAAUCGACGACAGAGAGGAUAUUCGCUCCCAGACCCGAUAACCCUGGAUCAGAGUAUCCGUACGGCUACUUUGCCGAUAUAACGCACGGCAUCUUCCUCGUGCGAGGCGAGAACGUCUUGCUCCUGGGGGAGAUUGACCUGGACAAGGAUGACGAUGCGCCGCCGGGAUAUGAGCUUGCGGAGGUGGAUGUGGUGAAGAAGCUCGCUGAGGCAAAGAAGGCGGCGGAUAAAGCCAAGGAGAAGGCUCGCUUGAAAAAGCUCGUCCGGAUUGGUUUUGAGGGGGAGAAUUUGGGAGACAUCUUCUUUUAAAGACGAGCAUGAUAUUUGCGCGCCCCAUUGUUGGAGAAGAGGGAUAAACGAGAAGAGAGAAGGGGGGGUGAGAAGCCGACAGCAGGGAAAUCUUUUUUGUUUUCCACAUUUUCUCUUUUUUUUAAUUGUUUUUUUAUGCGCUGCGGCAGAGGCGGUUCGGCGGCAGAAUAUUGUGAAAUGCCCCCGGACCGGAGAGUUGACUGGUGCAAAAGAGGUAGUUUUUGCUACACGCCUUGAAUGACUAGAGACGUCUAUUCCGCGU